CUUGUUGCAUAUGUAAAUAAUCAGUAUUGUUUACUGACAGAGGCACGAAGGAGAGAGAAAAAAAGAACAAAUGAAGCAAAAUUACAGUUACAAGUUAUGUGAAAUUAAAUAUCGUAAACCUAUUGUCUAAAGUAGAACAAUUUUGUCUGGUGUUUAAAGAAGAAAUUAAGCCACGUUGAAGGAAAUAUUAGAAUGGAGGAAGUCUUUCAAAACGGUAAUCCAGAAGACACAGCGAUAAUUACAAAUGAUAAUGAUAUUGCUGUCGAAAUAAGAAAAGAGAAUACUUUACUCGAUCAUAUGGAAAUUACAAUAGUUGAGGCAGAGAAAAGAGCAAAUGGAGCGCUGAAUUUAAAAGAAUUUUUCACCGUGUACCUCAUUGAAACAAAGGUCAUUGAUCUAGAAUUCAAGGAUGCUUUUACCAACAUGAGUUCUUUAUGGCGUCGUUAUACCGAAUUUGAAUUGUUGCGAGCCUAUCUAGAAAUCUUAUAUCCUUUUAUUGUGGUACCACCUUUACCCGAGAAGAAAGUUUUGUAUGCCUGGCAGAAAGUUACCACUGAUACAUUUGACCCAGAUUUCGUUGAUCGCAGACGAGCUGGAUUAGAAAAUUUUUUAUUGAGAGUCGCAUCUCAUCCAAUCUUAUCCUAUGAUAAGCACUUUAUGGGAUUUUUACAACAAAAGGAUGGAUGGAGGGAAAGUAUAAAAGAAACUGGAUAUUUACAAAUCGCUGAAUCAAAAUUGAAAGCUUUAAGUGUUGCUGUGCGUCUACGGAAGCCUGAUAAACGUUUUGAGACAAUAAAAAAUUAUGGCAUAGAACUACAGAACAAUUUGUGUAAUUUACUUCGUGUUCGUUCUAAGUUAGUUGAAAAACAGUAUAGUUUUUAUAAAUUACAUGCAAAUUAUGGACGGAUAUUUAGCGAAUGGAGUGCUAUUGAACGAGAAAUGGGGGAUGGUUUACAGAAAUCGGGUCACUACUUAGAUUCAUUAGCUGCUAUGAUUGAUUCAACACUGGAAGAAGAAGAACUAAUAGCAGAUCAAUUAAAAGAGUGGCUCUUUGGUGCAUCUGCAUUACAAGCAGUAGUUCGACGUCGUGAAGCUUUACAACUUGGUAAAGAAGAAGCUUGUGAUAAUCUUUCUGCUGUACACGAGCAAAAGGAAAAAGUUCUUCAAGGAAAAUCAGGACUUAUAUCCAGACUUUUUGGUUCAGUAGAUACAGAAGAUGUUCGUGAAAUAAAAAUACUUCAAUUAGAUCAAAAAAUUAAUCAAGGCGAAGAAAUAGUGAAACAAACUGACCAAGAAUUAUCGUUAUUUUCUGAAAAAGCUAUGGAUGAUAUUGAGAGAUUUCAAGUACAAAAGGUUCUUGAUCUCAGAGAAACAUUAACAGCAUAUUGUGUUCUUCAAUUUAAACUUGCGAGAAAAGGUCUUUUAGCUUGGCAACAUAUCAAACAAUGCUUGGAAAGUAUGCCGUAAUUCAAAUAUAAUAUUUUUCAAUCUAAAUCGAUAAUAACUUGAUCAUA